AUAUUCGCCUCGCGUUUACUCGGUGGGCGUGUUGACGCGCUGACGUCACCGUCACGUGCCUGAGCGGUAGGAAGUGACUGUUUCUAAGAAAGUAAACGAACGGAUUGACGAUGAGUUCAAUAAUCCCAGAAACACAGAGCAUUAAAGCGGCCGUGAUUCACAUCAACUCCAUCGACAGCAGCAAGUUUUCCAGACUUCUGUCUCGGAUUCUGCAGAAGCUGCACCUGAAGGAGCGAUCCUUCAGCGAGGAAGAGGAGGAGAAGCUACAGAGCGCUUUAUCAAUGGAGAAACAGACUCUGCAGCUGCUGCUGGAAACAGUGUCCUUCAUCCUCGAGCAGGCCGUGUAUCACAGCGUUAAACCGGCGGCUCUCAAACAGCAGCUGGAAAACAUCAGCGUCGCGUCUGAGAAAGCUGAAGUCUUCAGUCAGGUUUGGGCUUCAGCUGGUCCAGAUGUGGUGGAGAAGAUCAGACACGGGAUAUUUGCCCCAAAGAAGCUGGAUCACGUGGGAUGGCAGCUCAACCUGCAGAUGGCCCGAUCGGAUCAGAGCCGACUGAAAGCGCCGCACGCCGUGCUCAAUCUGGGGCUCCGGACGGAAGACGACGCCGAGCGUCUGCAGGAUGUUUGUGUGGAAUUCAACCAUCAGGAUCUUCUGGAUUUCUACAAUCAGAUGGAGAGGAUACAGACGCAGCUGGACUCGCUCACGUGACGCUCCAGACGUUCAGUUUGUCUGAUGGUUUCCUGGAUGUGAAGAAGACUUCAUGCUGAAGGCGAGGUGAUAAUGAAGAUGACUCAGACAGAAUCACACGUCUGAUGAUGUUUCAUUAAAGAGGUUCAUUUUGUUCUGAA